AUGUCGGCGCGCGAGAACAGCGACCGCCUGCGCACGACGCUGGGCUAUGCGUCGAGCUCGCCCCCGAAACUGCCCACUUCCCCGCCGUUCUCGUCGCCAGAUACGCUACGAGACACUCCCCCAAAAGCCCCCGAGGCUCCUUCCCCGUCGACCUCGCCCGACAUCCCCCUCAGCCGACUCAGAGCUCGCCAUUCACGCCCCACUCUGCCCAAGCGCAAGGCCGCCGCGCCUCUGAACCCAGAAUCCCCCUCAAAACGACCGAAGCAAGAUAGCGAAACGCCCGAAGCUCCGCCGCAGCCGAAGAAGCUCAUACCCUUUCCCGAGAAGCCCGCCGUCAUCGAAGAGCGAGAGGGCGAUAUCGAGUUCAGGGUGGUCAACAAUGACGGCAAGAGGGAGAGCACCAUCAUCCUCACUGGUUUGAAGUGUAUCUUCCAGAAACAGUUGCCCAAAAUGCCCAAGGACUAUAUUGCACGUCUGGUGUACGACCGCACUCAUUUGAGCAUAGCGAUUGUGAAGAAGCCGUUGGAAGUGGUAGGAGGCAUCACGUAUCGCCCUUUCCAUGGGCGCCAGUUCGCCGAAAUCGUCUUCUGCGCCAUCUCCUCAGAUCAGCAAGUCAAAGGCUACGGCGCUCACUUGAUGUCCCAUCUCAAAGAUUAUGUCAAAGCUACCUCGGACGUUAUGCACUUUCUUACCUAUGCCGACAAUUAUGCUAUCGGCUACUUCAAGAAGCAAGGGUUCACCAAGGAAAUCACACUGGAAAAGUCGCGCUGGAUGGGCUAUAUCAAGGAUUAUGAAGGCGGAACAAUCAUGCAGUGUAGCAUGGUCCCCAAGAUCCGCUACCUCGAAUCCGGGCGCAUGCUCCUCAAACAGAAAGAAUGCGUCAAUGUCAAGAUUCGGAGUGUCUCAAAAUCCUUUGAAGUACACGCACCACCCCCGCAAUGGAAGAACAGCCUCACCAAAAUCGAUCCCCUUACAAUCGCAGCGAUCAAACGUUCUGGUUGGUCGCCCGCCAUGGACGAGCUUGCACGUGCACCCCGCCAUGGUCCAAACUACAACCAGCUUCUCCACCUGCUCAACGAUCUGCAAAACAACAGUAAUGCAUGGCCGUUCCAGCAGCCCGUGAACAAGGACGAGGUUCUCGAUUACUACGACGUUAUCAAAGAGCCGAUGGAUCUGGCCACCAUGGAGGAGAAGCACGAAAAGGAUCUAUACCCCACACCAGAAGACUUUGUCCGCGAUGCCAAGUUGAUUUUCGACAACUGCAGGAAGUACAAUAACGAGAGCACUCCCUAUGCCAAGGCCGCGAAUCGGUUGGAGAAAUACAUGUGGAGCAGGAUUAGAGAGAUUCCCGAAUGGGCCCAUCUCGAAGCGGACUAUGGUGGGAAGUGA